AUCGCGAGAAGUACUCCCGUGGCCGUCGGCGGCCCGUCGUUUUCUCGCGAGAAGACGGGACCGCGUUCUUCCUGGUGAGGCCGGCGGGCAGUGUGGAGGGCGGGCUUGUGGCGAGCCAUGCCGUCGGCGUUCUCCGUCAGCUCCUUCCCCGUCAGCAUCCCCGCUGUGAUCACGCAGACAGACUGGACAGAGCCAUGGCUCUUGGGGCUCCUCCUCUUCCACCUGCUCUGCCUGCUGCUCACCUGCUGCUCCUCCCAGAGUUACAACCUGCAGGUCGGACAUUUCCUGUGUCUUGUGAUCCUGGUCUACUGUGCUGAGUACAUCAAUGAAGUGGCAGCGAUGAACUGGAGGUUAUUUUCCAAGUACCAGUACUUUGAUUCCAGGGGCAUGUUCAUCUCGGUGGUGUUCUCUGCACCGCUGCUGCUCAACGCCAUGAUCAUCGUGGUCCUGUGGGUCCGGAAGACUCUGAGUGUGAUGGCCGACCUGAGGAGCCUGCGCGAGAGGAGGAGGAAGAGGAAGGUGGAAUGAGGAAGUGCUCCACUGAUAGGAGCCAGGGACACCACAUGGCUGACAGCGGCCUGGGCACCAUCCCAUGUCCUGUGAUCCCCCAAGGACCAGGCACCAUGUGGUUAAUGGGGGGCAAGGCCCUUCUUGCCCACCAGGUUCCCAACCACCACCUCCAGCGACUCCUGAUUGGUCCAGUGACCUAUUGCCAAUUUAUGGUUAGUUAGGGUCAGCGUAAGAGGCUUUUUCUACUAAGCAAAUUGUUCUUUAAUUAAAAAAUAUGCAGAUGAAUGCAUCUAGAUUUAAAAGACUGGAAGUUGACAGUUUUAUGGAAUACAAAAUUUCCUUGAAGUCCA